UCAUCGCCUCGUGAUCCGAAUGAUAGCAGCACAUACAAAAGCAGCGUCAAUCUAGCACAGAGGAUUCACACUCAAAGAAAAAUACAUUUAACGUAUACUGCUCUCUGUAUAGAUCAAGUGACCAAUAGAAAAACAAAAAAAAAUGGGUUGUGACUGUUUAACCGGGAUGAUCAGGUUGAUCAUGUUCGUCAUCAACGUCGGCAUAUGGAUUGCGGGCGCUGGUCUCCUUGGUAUUGGUAUUUGGAUGUUGGUUGAUGCCAGUACGUUUGAUUAUCUAUUCACUGAAGACACACUCACUGUUGUAGCCAUCAUUACUGUUACCACCGGUGCAGUAAUGUUCUUGGUUGGAUUCUGCGGAUGCUGUGGAGCAAUGAAAGGCAACAGGUGUCUGUUAUCAACGUAUGUUGCUAUUUUGGCAAUCUUAACCGUCGCAAUGAUUGCUACUGGAAUUACAGCUCUGGUCUAUGUAGAUCAGGUUGAAGAUUACCUAGAAGGCAGAAUACAAUCAAUCAUUACAGACGACUACGGUAACACACAGGCAGCCACUGAUACCAUUGAUUCACUGCAAAAGGACGUAAGUAUUAUUUCAGUGCAUCAAUGGCUUAACACAUAUUAUAGGUCAUACAUUAGACCUAAUUUAAACAUGACGAAUCACUUGUCUCAACAGUUAAUGUUGAAUGUACAGUUGAUUAUUCUGAUCACUACCCUGUCGUUAUUGAUGUCGCCUUAUCAUCGGAAUUAAUGCCUGUGGAACAUA